CUUCAGAGCGAUCGAAGCGGAAGGUGAAACCUUUUUGAUGGAUUUGCUCCGAGCCAACGGCACUUCAGAGGGCACCCGAACGCACACACUCGCACACAAAAACGCUCACAUCUCGUUAUUCAACGGGCCUGACCUGGAGAGAUGGAACUCGGGGGUAAGCACGGGUGAACAGUGCACGCCAGCGCAAGCACAGUUGUCAGCAACGGAUGGGGGGGACAGUGAAGCAGGGCCGUAUGAGCAUAUGCACACAGAUGCACACAUAUCACGUGAGGGAGGGGCGCAGAAGCGAGUGCGCAUGGUGACUUUGGAGUUCGUUCGGCUGGUGUAUGUCCUGGGCGAGACUGAGGCCGAGGCACGGAGCUGCUUGGAGACCGCUGAGAAAAACAGCGGCGGUAGUCAUGGCAACGGGGCGCCUACGCCACGCGCGGAAUUCAUAAACAAAUUCGCCAGCGAGAUGUUCGACAACGAUCUGUACGUGGAAAUGGCUGCAGACAUGCUCCCCUUUAUCUACCAAGCGUUCUCACACACACUCUUCCCUCUGCCCGUGCUGGUAUGUGCGUUGUUGCAUGUGCGUAGGCGGGCGUCGAGAAGGUUGCUGAUGUGCCUGCUGUUAAACGUGACGUGUGUGGAGAAGGUGUUGCUGGACACUCUUGCUGCUGCAAUAACCCAUUCGCGCAUGUGUGCCAAGGUGUGGGGAGGGACUGCAAGUGUCGGGGGAAGAAGUUCAGGUGCAAACGGGCCCACUUCCACGGCUGAUGGUGCAUCAGCAUCUGGUGGUACUGAUAGUACGCGCGGGAGUAUGACGGGAAAUGCACCGAUUGUGUCCGUGUCCUCCACAGACAGUCUUGCAACGGACCCAAAGUCCGGUUAUGCACACUCAGGUGCAGGCUCUGGCGCACACAUCAAUGCAAACUCAAGCCCCAACCCACAGACACAUACGAAGGGCAAUAGCGAUAGCCGUGGAGUGAGCGGUAGCGCAGGCAUCACCAGAGGCUCGCCGAACUCCUUCGUCCACCCCUCAUCUAGUCCCAGAAGUUCGAUCCUUUCAGCGGGACAUAGCCCACGUUACGGAAGAACGUCUCCUCGCAAUCAAACGCCAAAGCAGGGCUCCACUUCCGCCGGGAACCAAUCAAAACCGCCCAUUUACAAUCUGUACAGCAGCGGCUCAUACCUACUCAUUGACCGUGUGGUGGAGCUGUGUGUGCUUGUCUGUGAGUUGUUUCCGCAACUACGGCCAGAGGUGUGUCAACUGCUGGCCGAGACAGACACCUAUCUGUGGCUGGGCAUCUACAUCACCACAGUACUCGCACCCGCGGUACACACCGGCAAGGCACAUCCACACACGAGCUCAAGCUCACGUCCACGGGGACAGAUGGGCCCAGACAUCGGUCCCCAAACCCACAUGAAUAAGGCCGCCCAGACCAGGGCUGGUCCGGAUAGCAUCGCAGCCACACACUCGCCCACAUACACCGCUCAUGCACCCGCACGUACACGAGGCUCUGUGAGUGAAGAGGGUGUCGGUGCGACAGCGAACGCCAGCGCGUCUGUGUCUGUGUCUGUAGGGCAGGGGACUGGCGGCGUAGCGGGGGGGCAGGAUGCAGACCAGGCAAACGCCGAGGAUGUGCACCUGGUGCAGUAUAUCCAGACCCUUCUGGGCAAUUCGGAGACAUGCGCGUGGUUGAAGACCCUCGUGCGGUUGGCCAUGCGUCACAACGCCGCAGUGAAUAGUACCACGUCCAACACCAGUGGGCUGCUCAGUAGCGAUAGGAAGAAAGGCGCCGGCAGUGGCAGUGACAGUGACGAGCUGAGCAUGAAACGGGCCGUGUUUGUGAUCGACCCAAUGCGCACACGGAUACUGGAGGCCAUGCGUACGCUCGUGGGCCAGUUGCGGACGAAAGCAGUCUCUGCCUCUGAACGCACCCGUCAGUUUGUGUGGGGGGCUGAGCUGCUGAAGACAGUGUGUGGCCUCAUCGGACUCACAGGAAUGCGGCUACCUGACCGCGAGGUGCGUAUUUGCUUUGAUCUGAUUGGUGGAGCGUCCACCGCCCACACACAGGCUGUGUACGCAGACACACACGGACACGCGGACGGGCAGGGCUUUGUCUUUACGUUUUCAAAUCCGGAUAUGAAUUUGGGAAUCAACGAAGCAUCGGCGCUAAGAAAUUCGGGUGGACCCAAUACACCCAGAUCUGCACCGGAAACGCCGACAACCGCACAGUCGGCUAAAAAUAGAUCAGCUGCCUCAGCCAACCAGAUCACGACUACUGGCACUGGCGCUGCUAGGGCGUUCAGCCACCUGGCAACCAUGUCGCUGUGCUUCCUACUCACCUGCCCUGGGCUUUUGGACCAUCGUAUUUCCAAACCACUCGUGGUGAAAUGGGCCCAAACUGUCCUGAAUGGACAUGGGCAGGUCAGUCCCCACACAAAGAACGCCAGGACUCAUACAGCGCGUACAGGACAGAAUGGGUCCACCUCAGGCCUUCAAGGGUCGCAUCACGAAGCCAUGUUACUUGUGGGGACUCAUUUCCACAACCGACAGCUGACACUGAUUGCCGAGCUCGUGCGCUCGUUACUGGAUAUGCACGUACAGGUAUACA